AAUAUAAUUAACCGGCUUUUGACGUUUUGUGUUGUUUUUGCAAAUUGUAUUAUGUAUUUAUUAUUUUCAAUUUGGCAAUUCUGUUCACACUUACAUAAGAGAACCUAGCCUCUGUCACUGUUUCAGUCGUGUCGUGAAAAAUUCUGCUAAUUGCACGGAACUCUUGAGCUAUCAACCAAUAUGUUUACCCAACGUGCUUCAUCCAUCUUGGUCCCCAUGGCCGUUGAGGCCACUUUACAGGCCCAACAACAGCGUGGUAUGGCUACACUUAAGGCUAUUUCCAUUCGCCUGAAGUCUGUAAAGAACAUUCAGAAAAUUACGCAAUCCAUGAAGAUGGUGUCAGCUGCCAAAUACUCUCGCGCAGAACGUGAAUUGAAAGCUGCCCGUCCCUAUGGUCUUGGUGCUCAACAGUUCUUCGAGAAGACUGAAAUUAAGACCGACGAAAAGGCUGAACCCAAAAAGUUGAUGAUCGCCAUGACUUCGGAUCGUGGUUUGUGCGGUGCAGUCCACACUGGUGUUGCCCGUUACAUUCGUGGUGAAUUGGCCAAGGAUGAGUCCAACACUAAAGUCAUUUGCGUCGGCGACAAGUCCCGUGGUAUCUUGGCCCGCUUGUACGGCAAAAACAUCUUGAUGGUUGCCAAUGAAGUUGGCCGUUUGCCCCCUACCUUCUUGGAUGCCUCUCGCAUUGCUCAUGAAGUUCUCAAGUGCGGUUAUGAUUUCACUGAAGGACAAAUUGUCUUCAACCGUUUCAAGUCGGUCGUAUCAUACCAAUGCAGCCAAUUGCCCAUCUUCAGUGCCCCUGUCGUAGAAAAGUCCGACAAAUUGACUGUUUACGAUUCUUUGGAUGCUGAUGUUGUUCAAAGCUAUUUGGAGUAUUCAUUAGCUUCCCUCAUCUUCUACACCAUGAAGGAGGGUGCAUGCUCUGAACAAUCUUCACGUAUGACUGCCAUGGACAAUGCCUCCAAGAACGCCGGUGAAAUGAUUGAAAAGUUGACAUUGACAUUCAACCGUACCAGACAGGCUGUCAUUACCCGUGAGUUGAUUGAAAUCAUCUCUGGUGCUGCCGCUUUGGAUUAAAUAUCCCACAAUACUGCUGCAAGCCAUAGGCUGCAAAACGACUUUAAAAUAGAAAAAACCUACGAAUUAAAAAUUCGAAAAAAAUCAACAGCAAAUUGUCGUUGCAUUCAAGUUAAUGUUUAGAUUUAAUUAUUUCCACACACAUCUUCAAGAAAAUCCAUAAUUAAAAAACACUUAAUAAAGAGUUAAAUUGGAAUCUUACUACGGAUUAAAGUUUAAUAAAGAUAACAUGAAAUGUAAUCCAAUAAAAUAUUUAAA